CGCACAAGUCUUCAAAUCGCCCGCUUAGUUGAUUUUCAACGCUCGCGAGAGCAAGAACGUCACAAAUGCCUUUUAACCCUUGGAAAGGGCCGGCUUAGCAACAAAAACAAAUAAAAAUCAUGACAGUCAAGCGUUUCCACCAAUAGGGUGCCAUGUUUGUGACAGUUGUGUUUUUAGUGUGAAUAUGAAGAACUUUGCCGUUUCGGAGUGUUUUUUGUGGUAAAAACAUGUUAAUUGCUACCCCGUAUAGGGAUUUUGACGUUAGAGACAAAUCGCCUCCGAAAAUUAUAUCGGAAAUAAGGAAAAACUACUCCAGUUGUAAUUUUCCAUCUAUUAAAACUAAAAUUUCAGGUGAUGUCUUGUUAAAGUGCUCGAACGAUAGACAUUGGUCCCCGAGGAGGGUCAACAUUAGGGGGGGUCAAUUGCAUGUGUCCCCCUUGGGGCAUGGUGUGGUUAGUGCCCCUGGAUGCGCUAUAAAAUUACCAUUACGUCAUCUUAGUCUUCAGGCUGGACCCUUGACUAACAGCUUGUCCCUGUGUAGGGGUCAAAAUAUAGUUCUAACCUUGCAGGCCGCAAAUGGAAGUGAUUUUGACAAAUGGGUCAAAACUAUCGCUAUAGAGUUAAUACGACAAACUCCCUUGGACGCAAUUAAGUAUCUGGACAUACUAUCCAUAGCGCAAUGCCUGAAAAAGGACAAAUCCCUGGAAAAAGACUGGAAUUUCAACUACAUAAACACCCCACCCCCCUCUUCAACCCCCCCAACCUCCAACCAAACCGCCCAUCGAGACCCAAAAAGUCGAGGACCUUCUGAAAAAAUGCCAAAAUGUCGAAAACUAUGUACCUGUCAAAGAGAAACUUUUCCUUUUUGAGUCGCUCUGUAAGUUGGGCCGUAAAGUUCGCAGCACGGAAGACGUCUCGCAUCGAAACGUCGUCGACACCUGUCAAAAACGUGCGCGCUCCAUGCACGACCUGUCAAAUUUAACCUCACAAAUAGCCGUCAGAGAAAUCUGCAAGUACUUCGAAAACAAAUCCGAUUCUGAGGAGGCCAGACAACAAGAACCCUUAAAAAGCCGGCAGCCAUCGUAUAGAGCGCCUUUUGUUCAGUAAACUCCGAAAAUUUCGUCAAAAUCGAACCUAUAUUAACGAAGUUAUGAAGGAUUAUAGAAAUGUCACCUUUUGACGUUUGUUUGUCAUUUUUUGACAGCUGUCACCUCGAAACAACGAUUCUAUUGAACUUUCAAAAUUUAACCUCCCGAAUGGCCGUCAGAGAAUUCUGCAAGUAUUUCGAGAACAAAUCCAGCAAAAGUGAUUUUGCCAUCGUUUAGAGCGCAUUUUGUUUGGUAAACUCCAAAAAUAUCGUCAAAAUCGAACUUAUAUUAACGAAGUUACAAAGGAUUAUAGAAAUGUCAGUUUUUUGACAGCUGUCACCUAAAACAACAUUUCUAUUAAACUGCAAAAUUUCAACAAAAUGUUUAAAAUUUCUGGGGUAUACUUUAUAAAGUUGAUUAAUUGAUUUUCACAUUAUUUGACUACCUGUAUAUAAUCGUUCAUUAGUGAGAAACUUUAAAUACGAAUUUUAACGAUUUUUUAAUUAUAACUAUUUAUUUUCAUUAAUUCAUCAAAGGCAAUUUCUUAAGUACAAUAAUUGAUAUUAUACAAGUAUAUUACAACUGUGAUGUAAAUUUGGAAUUGUUUGUACUUUUGUAAUUUUUAAAUUGACCAAUUACAUAAUUUUUAAGACUUGUUUUAAAUUGUUUGCAUUAUUUAUUUUUUGUAAAUAUUAUAAUUAUUAUUAAACGUUAACCAUUUUUAAUUGAAUAAAUAAAUUUAUUUUAAACUUUCA